AUGACAACGCCAACAACAAUUAGUACAAUUGUCAGUGAAUCGGAAGAUACAAAAGAUGCUAUUGAAUUAACUGAGAAGGAGAAAUUUAAUAAACGUUUUAAACCAACUAAACAAAAACAAAAUAAUCAGUCUAAUAAUCAGAACCAAUCUCAACCAUCAUCAGUUAAUGUGCAACCAUUACGAGCUGGUGAUAUAAAAGAAUAUCGAUUAUGGGCAUUGGCUUCAUCAAUUGCUUUUUUUUUUGUGAUUGCACCUUUUUUUGCUUUGCAUAAUAGCUAUCGUAUACGAGAAAUGAAAAAAAGACAAGAAUUAACUCAAGCUCAAGUAUUAUCUACUAGUGUUAAUAAUAUGCUCAUUAUAUCAAAUAUCAUAGGUAUUGUCAUAUGGGUGGCUAUCCUUUUCCUCAUUGGUGUAUUUUUUGUAAUGGGUGCUAUUUAUUAG